UGAAAACGAAUAAAUUAACUCGGUGAAUUAGAUAAAAGUACACCCUAAAGUAACUAACUCACCUUUGUUAAGUCCAUUCUGAUGCUUGCCUGUGACAGCACAACUGGACCAUUAGACAUGUUCGAUGGAGGUUACUGAUGCACAUCAUAGAUCUAACCGCGCGUAUUCGGAUCUAUUCAUAUCCAAUACUAACUCUAGAGGAGCAAGAUGGUUCGGUUGGACUUCGGAGGAGCGGAGCUUGUGGAAAGGCAUCUUUACCGGUUGAGUCAGGUGAUUGAUUCAGUAUGGAUGGAUACACGUUUCAGAUUUGAAAUAGCAAAUUCGAGCAGCCUGUUUGUUCACGAGAGCAUCUUGGGGAAAAUCCGACCGUAACAAAUUUCCAUAAUCGAGGAGGAAAACAAACAUAGGAGGAUAAGAAAGGAAAGCGUGACGACACCGGAUGUCCAAGUAUGCCGCACAAGGCCUCCCGUGGAUCUUGGCAUCAACACGAGAGCACCUCUCCCAGUCCCGACAAAUCUCAACCGUCUCCUCCCUCCCCCAAGUCCCCGGCUCCAUAACGCCACACACGUCAUCCAUCCCCAUCUCCGCCGCCAGGCCCACCACCACCACCACUUCCUUCCUCCCUCGCUUCUCCUGCUCUUUCCGACUUUCACUUUCCCAUCUCGAGAGGAACAAGAAGAAGAGAUGGCCGGAGGAGGAGAGACUCACCUGCACGACCUCCCGGAGGCGAUACUGAGCACCGUGUUCUCGAUCGUAGAGGACACGCGGACGCGCAACUGCAUGGCGCUGGUGUGCCGCAGGUGGCGCACCCUCGAGCGCUUCACCCGCUCCUCUCUCUGCCUCCGCGGCAACGUCCGCGACCUCUUCCUCCUCCCGACCUGCUUCGCCUCCGUCACCCACCUCGACCUUUCCCACCUCUCCCCCUGGGGCCACCCCUUCCUCCUCCACCACCACCACCACCACCACCAACACGAACAUCCCACCACCGAGGAGCACCACCACCACCACCUCAUAGCCCUCCUCCUCCGCCGCGCCUUCCCCAACCUCACCUCCCUCACCUUCUACGCCCGCCAUCCUUCCACCCUUCAGGCCCUUGCCCCCCAGUGGCCGGGUCUCCGCCACGCCAAGCUCGUCCGCUGGCACCAGCGGCCCCCCCACCACCCCCACGGCGCCGACCUCGCCCCGCUCCUCGCCGCCUGCCCCUCGCUAGACUCGCUUGAUCUCUCCCAAUUCUACUGCUGGGCCGAGGACGUGCCCGCGGCCCUCCACGCCUUCCCGGCCGCCGCUGCCUCCCUCGCCCGCCUCGAUCUCCUCAGCCCCGUCGCCGAGGGCUUCCGGACCAGCGAGCUCGUCUCCAUCUCCGCCGCCUGCCCCAACCUCCGCCACCUCCUCGCUCCCUGCGUCUUCGACCCCCGCUACAUCGACUCCGUCGGCGACGAGGCCCUCGUCGCCGUCGCCGCCAACUGCCCCCGCCUCUCCAUCCUCCACCUCGCCGAACCCUCUGCCGUCUUCCCCGCAGCCCACGCCCCCAACGCCCAGCCCGACACCGAGGGCUUCGCUCCGCACGAUGCGAGGAUCACCGCCGCGGGCCUCGAGGCCCUCUUCGCCGCCCUCCCGCUACUUGAGGACGUCGCUGUCGAUCUGUGCCAGAACGUCAGAGACGCGGGGCCGGCAUUGGAGGCCCUCAGCGAAAGAUGCCCCAAGAUAGCGUCGCUCAGCCUGGGGGGAUUCCAUGGCGUCUGCCGGGCCGCCGGGCUGUACUUGGAUGGGGUGGCCCUCUGUGGCCGGCUGGAGUCCUUGCGCAUCAAGAACUCGGCUGAUCUCACGGAUGCCAGCUUGGUGGCGAUCGCCCGGGGAUGCUCGAGGCUGUCCAAAUUGGAGAUCCAUGGCUGCAAGAGAGUCACCGAGUCAGGGCUGAAGAAGAUGGCCGGCAUGCUUCGUUCGACCCUCGUGGAUAUCGGCAUCUCCCGCUGCGAGCAUCUCGAUGUCCCCCAGUCAUUGCGAGCUGUCGAGCCAAUUCGCGACCGAAUCAAGCGCCUCCGCAUUGAUUGCAUCUGGGCCGAGCGGGAGCUCGAACAGUUGCCUCUGAGUUUCGAGGCGGCAGCUGGGGAUGCCUUUGAGUCGAAUGAGAUGGAGCUGGAGGCGAGCGAGGAUUCCGAUGCUGACAUCAUCGACUUCCUGGACGUAGCGGAUGAUCCUGCUGAUAGCUCGACGACGAGGUGUAGGUACUCGGAGGCAGCAGUCAACCACCAUUGGGCUGGCAAUGGUUGUAGCAGAAAUGGCAUUGGGGCUCUUUGGUGCAGGGAAUGGAAGCAGCUGCGCCACCUCUCGCUCUGGGUUCCUGCUGGAGAAUUGCUGAUUCCACUGGCAGAUGCUGGACUGGAGAGCUGCCCAGAGCUGGAGGAGAUACGUAUCAAGGUGGAAGGCGACUGCCGGACAUGCCCAAUGCCGGCCCAGGAGGUAUUCGGAUUAAGCUCCCUCGCUUGCUAUCCCAAGCUUUCAAAGAUGACGCUCGACUGCAGGGAUGUGGUUGGUUAUGCUCUGACCGCGCCCACCGGUCGGAAGGAUCUGAGCUCAUGGGAGAGGUUUUACCUCCAUGGGAUGGGAGAUCUGAAUCUUUACGAGCUCGACUACUGGCCACCGCAGGACAGGGAUGUGAACCAGAGGAGCCUCUUCCUUCCAGCAGCCGGCCUGCUCCAGGAGUGCAUCGCCCUGCGGAAGUUGUUCAUCCAUGGAACCGCCAACGAACACUUCAUGAGAUUUUUUCUGGUGAUGCCGAACCUCAGGGACGUACAGCUGCGAGAAGACUACUAUCCAGCACCGGAGUAUGACAUGAGCACGGAGAUAAGAGUGGACUCCUGUAGUCGCUUUGAGGACGCUCUAAGGAGGCGCCCCAUUCCUGACUGAUUAUACAAAGAAAUAAAGCCUUCCACUCUCACUAGUGAGGUAGAUAAUGAUCAUCAAAUAUCAUGUAAAUUUUCAAUUUUCCUUGGAAUAGUAAAUUGCACUGUCGGACCUGAGAGGAUCUAGAGCAGUCUGAGAUUCUCUCACAGCAACCUUCUAACAGUAGUUCUUCAAGUAAUCAUCAGCAGUUUCCAGCUUAACAAGAGUACCAUUUUUCCUUUGCA